GGCGGGGCGGUUUUAGUUGAACGUGUGAUACCAAGUGUGUCCUGUAGGAGGCAGCAAUUCUCCAGUUUGGAAAAGGAGAACACUGUUUGGUGUCAAGAGAAAUCCGAAGAAUAAGGAACCCAAACAUCAUUAAUCAGAUUUUUACAUUAGUCAGUGUCAUUAAGUAGAAGAGUAAAACAACAACCAUUGUAGAAUUGUGCCACUUUGAAAUGGUAUUUUUAUUAAUUGUACAACAUUAAUUAGCGUUUUUGUAUAUUAGCUCUGUGAUUAAAGCGAGACGCAGCAGGCAGAAUCCUGACCGCAUGACCCUCCGUCUCAACACCACGUUUCCAAAACAAUGUUUGUCUGCGUCACGCCGACGCUGGUGAUGACGAUCUGAUCCACUACACUCCUCCCAUCUCACCUUUCCUCUCCACUCUUCUCCAACUCUCUCAUCAGGACCACGGAGAUGUUCUAAACACAGAACCGGAAAACGCACCGCUCCAGCGAGCUCCAAAGCGCUUUCCUCACCUCACUUUUACACAUUUUUAAAGGAGGAGAUUUUUACAAGUUUUACUUGUUGUUUUUCUCUCUCAAAGAAACAAAAACAUCACAUCCAACACACGCCCUGCUCUGCUCUCCCAUAUGUCGCGGAAGCAGGUCGACCAUGACUACACCCUCCGUAGUAUGAGCAACCUGAUGGGCGAGCGCUGGAAGAAAGUCAGCGACGGAGGAGAGCGGAGUCUGAUCAAGGCUCCGUCCAGCGCCAGCAUCUGCAGCCAGGGCGCUUCCGCCGGAGCCUCCGGGGCUCCAGCCGCCUCCUCGUCCACCAACACUGGGGACCUGGAGAGGGCUGCCCGCAAGCAGUUCCAGCAGGAUGUCACACCCGGCUUCGUCUACGUGCUGGCGGUUUUCUCCGCUCUGGGGGGGUUCCUGUUCGGCUACGACACCGGGGUGAUCUCGGGGGCGAUGCUGAUGCUGAAGAGGGAGAUGGAGCUGAGCGCCCUGUGGCAGGAGGUGCUCAUCUCAAGUACUGUGGCCGCGGCGGCGCUCUCCGCCCUGCUGGGCGGCUUCCUGAACGGGCUCUUCGGGCGCAGAGUGUGCAUCCUGUUGGCCAGCUUCUUCUUCACAGUCGGGGGGAUUGUUCUGAGCAGCGCUCCGGGGAAAGAGGUUCUCCUGGCCGGGAGGCUGAUCGUCGGAGUGGGACUGGGAAUUGCCUCCAUGACUGUUCCCGUGUACACCGCUGAAGCAUCUCCGCCCCACCUUCGAGGUCAGCUAGUGACCGUCAACACGCUCUUCAUCACCGGGGGACAGUUCACCGCCAGCCUCAUUGAUGGCGCCUUUAGCUACAUGCAUCGCAAUGGAUGGAGGUACAUGUUGGGUCUAUCUGUGGUUCCUGCUGUGAUCCAAUUCAUGGGAUUCCUCUUCCUGCCAGAGAGCCCUCGCUGGUUGAUUCAACGUGGGCUCACGCAAAAGGCCCGACGUGUUCUCAGUCAGAUACGAGGUCACCAGAACAUCGAUGAGGAGUACGACAGCAUCAAAAACAGCAUAGAGGAAGAGGAGAAGGACAGCGGAGGAGCUGCCCUGGGUUGCACCGACAGAGGCGAGGCCUGGCGAACACAGGCGCCACCGGUUCUUCCGACAACCACCAACGGCCCUGUGAUCUGGCGGAUGCUGACCUACCCCCCGACCCGACGAGCUCUUCUUGUGGGUUGUGGUCUCCAGAUGUUCCAGCAGCUUUCAGGAAUCAACACGAUCAUGUACUACAGCGCCACUAUCCUGCAGAUGUCAGGAGUGAGAGACGACAGGCUGGCAAUUUGGCUGGCUGGGCUCACUACCCUCACCAACUUCCUGUUUACCCUCCUGGGAGUGUGGCUUGUAGAACGGGUGGGGCGCAGAAAACUUACUCUGGGCAGCAUUUUAGGUACAUGUUUGAGUUUGAGUCUUUUGGCCGUCGGUUUCUUGAUGUCAGCCCAACACAGUCCUCCUGUCACAUUCCACCCAUUAGACCCUGACAUAUCCAACUCAACAUGCUCCAAGUAUCAGCUAUGUGAGCCAUGCAUGUUGGACCCUCGCUGUGGUUUCUGCUACCGUGAGAAUGGCUCGACACUCCUCGCGUCCUCCUGCGUACCAGUCAAUAAGAGCUCCACUGAGCAUGCAGCGUGGGGCAGGUGCUCCAACUCCACCCUGAUGAGAGAUAAGACUUACUGGGCCUACAAUUACUGUCCCACCUCCUUCUCUUGGCUUGUUUUGUUGGGUCUGGUUCUUUACCUGGCUGCUUUUGCUCCAGGUAUGGGUCCAAUGCCGUGGACCAUUAACUCAGAGAUCUAUCCUUUGUGGGCCAGGAGCACUGGGAAUGCCUGUGCCGCUGGAGUCAACUGGACAUUCAACAUCUUGGUGUCUCUCACCUUCCUCCACCUGGCUCAGUAUCUAACAUACUAUGGAGCUUUCUUCCUGUACUCUAGCCUGGCCUUGCUGGGUUUUGCCUUUAUCUACGGCUGCCUGCCAGAAACCAAAGCCCGGCGCCUGGAGGAGAUCGAAGCACUGUUUGAGAACAAGCUUUGUUCCUGUGGUGCUUCCGAUUCAGAUGAAGGACGACAAGUCGAGUACAUUCGCGUAAAAGGCUCUAAUUACCAUCUAUCAGACAACGACGCAUCAGACGUUGACUAGUCUGUGUGCUGUUGACCUCAUUCUGCAUGUUUCAGUGAUGAAACAUGCAGAAUGAUGGGGUCUGUAAUAUUUGCCUCAUUUUGUGAUGUGUAGAGCCACUGGUGAACCGCACCAUGAGGUAGCAUUUAUAAGGCCGUAAUCAGGAGGUAAGACUGUUUAUCACAGUAGAUAUGCAUUCCACUGAAAAGGCUGAAGGCUAAAAAAUUGUUUAAUGGGAACCAGGUUUGUGCGUCCACAUGACCUAAGCUGACCUGACAGCAGUUGUUGUGACUUGUUGUUUUUCUAUAGCGCCAUUAAGCCUUUCAGUAUAAGACAUGUCUUACUUCAAUGUUGUUUCGGCUUGUAGCAUAGCCCACUGACUUAGGCCCUCAGAAUGACUUGCCUUCGGUUUGUGGAUAGCCCUCAUUGUGUGUUUUUAUCUUUGUUUGUUUUAAUAAAACCAAACCAAUCUCCAGAAA